AUGCUACCCGUCAUUCUCGAUCAGAAUCCGGACGAUUGGAACAUUCGUGUGCGUGGAUGGGCGUUCUCCAAGCGAUCGAAUCGCCGCAAGAGACUAGUCAUGAGCAUGGCACGAAAGAUCGCUGGCGUUACAAAGGACAACAACAAGGUCUAUGAGACACUCGAGUCUCGCUUCAGCAUGUUCCUCGCAAGUAACACCCAGGGAGCACAGUUCAUGGUCCAGUGUGUCGGCCUCGCCUCAACAACCCACAUGGAACUCGCCGGCGGAUCCGACAACAUCGACGACCCCUCUGUCGAUGUCCUCCUUGACGAGAUCAAAUCCUCCGAGUCCGAACCUGGACUUGUUCGUACCGAAGAUGCUAAUCAGGAACAGGCCGAUUACUUUCAACUACAAUCACCGGACCAAGACUCGAGCAUAACAGGAGGAUAUGGAUCAAUACAACCUCCUCUCCAACAUGCCGCCGUCACAGCAUUAAAGUCGCAGUUGUCAGAACAGGUGCAAAUGUCUAUACAGGGUGAGCGGAGGAAGCAGCUUGAGGAUGGCGCCCAACUUCAUACCCCUGUGCAUCACCUAGAUGCAGGGGUCCAGGAGAGCAUACAAAUCGACGCAUCGGAUUCACCUCUUGUUUCUGAAGAGGGUCAGUCCCCUACCAUGGCAGUCGGAUCGGUCGAGACAGAGUCAAAGUUUUCAGCACGGCUCAGUCGAGGCACGGCCAUGUUCAAGAAUGUGGUCAGGAAAGUCAAGACUUCAUCGGUUUACUCUAGCAACAACAGCGCCUCCACUGACUCGCUCAGGCUUCCCUCUGGCGCCACCACCGCCAUCAAUAACAUUUCCGACUCUUCUUCCGCCGACGAGUUCGCCCGACCCAUGGUCGUCACCCGCGCAGCCUCUGGAGCUAGUGUUCUGACUCAGGAUAUGACAAGGCAGAAGGAUUUGGGCAGCGGAAUGUUCCCUACUGUCCCAGUGGCUUCUCGGCCUGGCGGCCAUUUCGAUGGUACUCUUCAAAUGAGCAGCAGUGAAGUUGAGGCCCAUCGUCGCAAGGACGCUGCUACUGGACACCCUCGGCUCCUAAAGUUGCACGCCUACCAUGCCGACAUGCCCGACUUUUGCCACGGAGUUGUCAGCCUCAUCGACCCCGAAGGCGUUUCUAUCAUCUCCGACAUUGACGAUACUAUCAAGGAGACCAAUGUUACUGCUGGAGCCAGGAUUAUCCUUCGCAACACAUUCCUUAAGGACAUGAUGGAAGUUGAGGGAAUGGCGUCGGUCUAUAAGGGCUGGUGCGACCAAGGAGCGGCUAUCCACUAUGUCUCGAACUCGCCCUGGCAGUUGAUCCCCAGUCUAUUGGAGUUCUUCAAAACCUUCAAGUUUCCAGCAGGAUCGGCACAUUUGCGACUACACGACAACGUACUGAAGACCUACUUCAUGGCGCCUGGAGAGAACAAGCGAAGGAGCAUCCGUGAGAUUUUGACUGAUUUCCCAGACCGCAAGUUCAUCCUUGUUGGCGACAGUGGUGAAAUUGACAUGGAGAUCUACACGGAUAUGGCGCAGGAGUUCCCUGGACAGAUUGUCAAGAUCUUUAUUCGGGACAUUACGACGGCUCGACUCAAGGAGAUGGUCUCAAAGAUGCCGCCAACACGUAGCCUAUCCUUCUCGUCGCUCCUCCUGCCCAAAACGCCUCUUGGAUUCUUCGGCCGCCGGGGCAGCAACACCAACACGAUCGGGAGCAUCACAAGCAACACCAAUGCAUCCACAUCAAACGUCGCCACAAUGUCAAGCACCGACGAAGAUUACGACAACGACGAAGACGAUAAUGACGAGGAUAUCGAUAGCAACAAUACUCUCUAUCACAACAAUAACGAUACGACGGUCGAGUCUGGAAUCCGUAGCGACCUGGAUGAAUUUAAGCUCGGGCGGCCUCGUUACCACCUUCACGGUGGACCCAUGUCUCCAGGAUUAGAUCCCAGCAGACCUCUCACCCCACCCACCAUGUCGUUGUCAACUACUCCCACCUCGUCCACGGCCUCAUCUCCUCGUCUCCAACCCAAGCAAAUCACUGCCACCGUCAAGGCAGUCUUCACAUCCCCCUUCCGGCGUGCUUCGCCCAACAACAAACAAACCGCAGUAAAUGGCUGGAAUGCCCUCAAGAAGCGAGGCGGAAGCAUGUCGCCUGCUUCGCCGCUCUCGGAGGGAGCCGGCCCCAUGGCAGGAUACCCAUUCCCCCAAGUCGGCUCUGCAACUUCUUCAUCAGUGUCUUCGAUGAGCGGACACCAGCAACGGGCAAGGAGAAACGGCGGCGGUUAUGAUGAGGAGGACUACGGCCUGAACUCGGCCCUUUCGUACAACUCUGCUGCCUCUUCCAACCAAGCCCAUCUCACUGGUGGCGCCGAUGUCUUUGACGACCAGGAUCACCAACACGUCAUGCUUCAGCAACAACAGCAGCAGCAACAACGAACUCGCCAACGCACCUUUUCCUUCACACCCAUCACAAACUCUCCCCCACGCUCACCCAAAAUCCCCAUCAGGCGCACGACAGAAUUCUUUACCCGCCAAGAAUAUCACCCCCUCGGGAUGGCCAUGACCGCCACUAGUCCCUUUGACGGCCCAAUGGACGACAACAACAACAACAUUAGUAGCGCUGGGGUCGGCGGACAAGGACAAGGACGGGUCGCUGAGCCACAAUCGUCAUCGCCAUCACUCUCGCCAUCGUCGCCUUCGUCCCCUGUCGCGACUACCCCGACGUCGUUUAUUGCCAACAUUAAGAACCCACUCGAGGUCUGGCAAGAGCGGAUCCAGCAAUGUCGUCUACGAUUGCCUAAAGGAGUAUUGACGCUUUUCGAAUCUGCUGAGGAACUGAAGCAGUGUGAGGUUGUUCAGGACGUCUUCAGGAAAUUUGGAGGUGGCAGUAGUAGUGUGGCGGAUGAUGAACAUGUUGAUGGUGACUUUGCGUCUGAGGGUCAGUCCGAGUUCUUAGCGGAGGCUAGCAGGAGCAUGAGUGUAAGGACCACAUCUUUAACGACAGCAACAACCACAACAACCACUGCCAUGUCGUCGUCAUUUAUGUCGAACCAGGAGUCGUUCUCGAUGUCGACAAUGAGUUUCAAAAGCGUCUCGGUGUCCUCAUAG